GCAGCGCUUCUCGCGCAUGAACAGUCUGCAGUAUCUGGUCAUGCCCUGUACUGUCUGCAGUCUCUGGUCAUCCCCUGUACUGUCUGCAGUCUCUGGUCAUCUGUACUGUUCGCAGUCUCUGUUCAUCCCCUGUACUGUCCGCAGUCUCUGGUCAUCCCCUGUACUGUCUGCAGUAUCUGGUCAUCCCCUGUACUGUCUGCAGUAUCUGGUCAUCCCCUGUACUGUCUGCAGUAUCUGGUCAUCCCCUGUACUGUCUGCAGUAUCUGGUCAUCCCCUGUACUGUCUGCAGUAUCUGGUCAUCCCCUGUACUGUCUGCAGUCUCUGGUCAUCCCCUGUACUGUCUGCAGUCUCUGGUCAUCCCCUGUACUGUCCGCAGUCUCUGAUCAUCUAUACUGUGUCUGCAGUCUCUGGUCAUCUCCUGUACUGUCCGCAGUCUCUGGUCAUCUCCUGUACUGUGUCCGAAGUCUCUGGUCAUCUUCUGUACUAUGUCCACAGUCUCUUGUCAUUUCCU